AUGAAUCCGAUUAUUGAUGAAAUUGGAAAAGGGUAUUUGAAAGAGUUUAAAUACAAUGAAUUUCAAAUUAUAAAAAGAAUUUCAGAUGGCUCAAGUGAAGUUUUUCUUGCUUAUAUGGAGACUAAUCAUAAACACGUCGUCAUCAAAUUUUUAAAAUGUAAUCAAGAUGAAUGUGAAUAUUAUAAAAAAUUUCGCAGAGAGAUAGCAAAUUUAAAAAAAAUUUUCCAAAAUGAUAACGUGAACGGUUUUUAUGGGGUAACUAAAGAUCCUCUCAAGAAAUUUCAUUCUAUGGUGCUUCAGUUUUUCUCUGAUAAAAAUCUUAGGGAACAUUUGAAGGAAGAAAAAGGCGAAUGGUUUUAUAAAAAACAAAUGGCCACUGAAAUCGCCACGGACAUAAAAAAAUUAAAAACUUUUCUUGCUCUUGAAAAUAGAGAAGUUCCUAUUCAUUUAACUCCUGUAGAUUACAAAGAACUCUAUUGUGAUUCAUGGAAUUCUGACCCCGAAAAACGACCAUCAAUUAACGAAGUCAUUAAUCGUCUUAAAGAUAUUGAGUUUGAUUGCUUAUAUCAAGAUUCUGAUUAUAUCCCAGAAAUUUCUUUGGGAAGUUCUUUUAGAAACAUAAUUCAGUUUACGUCGAAUAAUGCAGCUUGUUUAGAAGUUAUUAAAGGGUCUGCUCUAAAUUUAUACAUUUUCCUUCCUCCAGGUGAAAUAUCUGUAGGAAGGAGUAAUUCAAAUGAUGUCAUUAUAAAAGACAAUAAAAUUGCUAGAAAACAUGCAAGGAUUAUUGUAAAUAAUCAGGGACAAGUCGAAAUUAAUGAGUUAGGUUCUGAUUAUGGGACUUUUAUUAAUGGCAAAAAACUUGACUUUCGUACUUCCUGCCCAUUAACAAAAGAUGAUGUGAUUUCAAUGGGACAUAGCGAAUUUCAAUACCUUCCCAUUGGAGAAUAUAAAAAUCGCAUAGAUGAACCUUUGUUGAUCUAUAAUAAGACUUACUUUUCGAAAAAAUUGGAGAAUGUAUUCAAGAAUUCAAAAGAAAAUAAACGGGAUUUGAGUUUAUUAUUUUUUGAUUUAGAUCAUUUUAAAAGUAUUAAUGAUCAAAAUGAUCAUUUGACUGGAGAUUACGCUUUAAAAGAGCUGGCUAAUUUGAUUCAGAAGAAUCAUGUUCGCUCUGAGGAUAUUUUUGCAAGAUAUGGUGGAGAUGAGUUUACUAUUCUUCUCAAGGAUGCUGAUAUAAAUUUGGCAUCUAAAAUCGCUGAAGAAAUUCGAGCUUCUGUUGAAGGUCACCCGUUUAUUUAUAACGAAACCCAAUUAUCGGUUACACUUAGCAUUGGAGUUUCCGAAAUGAAUUCUUCAGUAAAAACUUUUGAUGAAUUGCUUCUAUAUGCUGACAAUGCAUCGAAGAAAGCUAAAGAAUAUCGCAAUCGAGUAGUAAUAUGGAAUAAUGGAUUAAAUUCAAUCCUCGAAACCGAAAAUCAUCUAAAUAAAUUCGCUGAAUACGAAUGUUACCCUAUAGAAUCACCUUCUUCAACAAUGGAUUAUGAAAUUGGCAUCACAAUAAUUAAAUCAGAUUCAGAAAAUAAAAGGCCAGAAUAUACGUUUUUAUCUCAAAAUAAAACCCUUAAUUUUAUUCGAAUUGAACUCAAAAUGGGAACCAAUUGCUAUUUUAUAAGAAAAAAAAAUGGGGCCCGAAUUUCACGAAAAGACGAAUCUAAAUUAAAUCUUUUGCAAAUCAUCGAAACAAGUGAUAAUGAAUAUUUUUUAUAUAUGGAAAAGGAAAUUUCAGAAUUCGAUUUGUUACAAUUAGAACGUGAGAAAGGUUUUAAAUUUGAUACAGAUGGUUCUAUUGAAAAUGCUAAAGAUAAAGCUUUUAAAAUUGACAUCAGCAAAAUUGAACCUCCAUCGGAUCCAAGAUGUGAUCGUAAAGACAAAACUUAUAAAUGUGAACAUGCACCUAGCACUAAUUGUAAACGAAACCUUAUAAUUGAUGGAAAAUUUUCGGCUGCUUUAGAAUGGUUUUGUAAUUCUCUUAAACUAUUUCGAACAAACUCUGAAAAACCAUUUAAUAGUUUAGAGACAUCUACCAUGCAUUCGUACGAAUGGCGACCAAAAAAAGAAAUCAUUAUUUCAGGUAUUAUUGCGACUGAUGAAUUUAUUAGAGAUGUUAAAGCUGCAUUAAAGAGUAACGGAGAAGAUAUAAUCAAGCAGCUCCGUGAUGUAUCGGAAAAAUAUGGUCAUUUUUAUGCGCAUCGUCUCGUUUUAGGUUAUACAGUAGGUGAAGAUGGAUUCAGCAUUAUGUCCUUGUUUCGACCUAAUACCAAUGUUGAAAAUGCGGUUCAUGGCGAUAAUACAGAUAUCUCUAAUUCUGUCAAUGUUAUCGGUGGGAACAAAGAUAAAUAUUUCCAAAAUGGCAUGAAAUCUUGGAACGAAUCUCUCGAAGAUGUGUCUACCUGGAAAAUAAUUGGAUACGAUAAAAUUUAUUCACUGUUUGAAUUAUUAGAGAAAGACUUGCAAAAAGAAGUUUUGAGUGCUUUGGGCCACAGAAUUUUAAAAGCUGGUACUGAAGAUAUUCCCUUUGAAUUGAAAGGUUCUAUUAAUUCAAUACCACCAUACAUACAUAAUUUGUCUCCGCACAUAAAGGAAGUUGGACAUGUACAUAAUUACCAAGUUUUUGCGUCAAUAAUGAACAAAAGUGAUAAAAAUUUGUUUUCUGCUCAUAUAGACUAUGUAAAUAAAGAUAAAAAUACCCCAGUAAUUGUUGUUCACAAUAUUAAAAAGGAAAAUUCCAGUUCUACAAUUUAUUGUCCAAUUAAGCUCGGAUGGAUUAUUGUUGGACCGCUAACAAACUUCGACUUUAGCAUCCAAUUUCCAUUAGCAUUUAGAAGUAUGAAACAAAUGGCAUCCAUAAAAGAGAAUCAUUGCACCGUAAAAAUUAAUAACUACAAAACUUGUAUUUUUGGCAUUUGCGCAUUAGAAGCUGAUUCUCAAUCAAGUUCUAUAAGCAAUACUGAUGCCACAAGAAAAGAAAAUUCUCAACUAAGCUCUGCAAGCAGUGUGAGCUCUUCAGAAUCUACGGAAAUCAUCCCAUACAACAUAGAAUAUGAUCCAAGGACAGUAGAAUUUGUGGUUGGUACACAUUUUUCAACUUAUAAAGACUCUGCGUGUUUAUUUGUUUAUAAUCUUAAAGAUAUAGACAAACCUGUUGACAAAGAGGUUUUGCAAAACUUAGCACUAUACACAUGUGUUGUUGACGUUGAUAAUCAUGAGAAGUUUAAUUUUGGUCAAAGGCCUGUCACAUGGAAAAGUUCUAAGCAGGAAAAAAUAUCUUACGCUAAAAUUGCUAAAAUCGAAUCUGAAAAGCUAUCUAAUAAUGAUUUGAUUUUAGUAAGCCAACUUUUUAAUAAUUGUCCAAAUUGUAAACGUGGGUUUGUCAAUGUCAACUCCAAUACUGGUCAAGUUAUUUAUAAAUCAUUAAGUUCUGAUCUCUUGGAUUCUGUUGAAAAUAUCGCUUAUCUUUUAAUUUCUUCUGUAAACAAAAAUUAA